CCGUGCUACGAAAUGAGGCCUUAUUGGCUGGCAUGGGGUGCGGAAAGAACUGGCCGGUGGCGUUUGUUCGAGAUGUGCUUGGAAGAGCAAAUGCCAACCUUACUGAGGCCUGGCGGAACAACUGGUCUGUGGCUAUGUGCAUGGGUGACAUAGUACUUAUUGUCCAGCUUCCCCUCUUAUUUUAUACCAUCUGGACAGUCAUCUACCUCGUACUACCUCCUUUCGUGUUAUCCCAGUAUCAUCAGGUCGGCCUUUCAUCAACAUGCUCAAGCAUUUCUCCGUCCUCGCCCUUGCGGGCUUCGCACUUGCUCAGAAUGAGACCGUCCCUGAUCUCGCUGCUGCGUUGAACUCCACCGACGAGCUCUCCACUCUCCAGUCGGUCAUUCCCGCAGGUGUCCUUGAAUCUCUGGCUGGUCUUACCAACAUCACCAUUCUCGCACCCUCCAACAGCGCUUUCGGACAAAUCGACAAUGAGACACUUUCUGGUCUCACUUCCAACGAGGGCCUCCUCACUGCCCUGCUACAGUACCACGUCCUCAACGGUACAUUCAGGUCAACCGAUAUUACCAACACCAGCACCUUCGUGCCCACGGCGUUGACCAACCCAAUGUUCACCAAUGUCACUGGAGGUCAGGUUGUCGAGGCCAUCGCCAUGGAUGACAGUGUGAUGUUCUACAGUGGUCUGCUCGCCAACUCAACUGUUACAACAGCUGACGUGAACUUCACUGGUGGUGUGAUCCACAUCAUCGACCGUGUUCUGACCCUCCCUGAGAACACUGCCGAUACCCUUUCUGCUGCAGACCUUGUUGCCCUCCGUGGAGCCAUCAACGCGACCCAGUUGUUCGACACCGUUAACAACACACCCGACAUCACCAUCUUCGCACCCAACAACGAGGCUUUCCAGAACAUUGGCUCUGCUCUCAGCAACCUCAGCACUGAGGACGCUAGCAGCAUCCUUACCUACCACGUCGUCGCUGAGGGUGGUAUUGGCUACUCUUCUACCCUCCAGAACGGUACUACUCUCACGACUGCCAACGGAGAGCAACUUACCAUUACUAUCGGUGAGGGCGGUAUCUUCGUGAACAACGCUCGUGUCGUCGCUUCCGACAUUCUCAUUGCCAACGGUGUUGUCCACGUCAUCGACGAGGUCCUCAACCCCUCGAACGCGACCAUUGCCGACCCUACCUCUGAAGAAGGAGAGCCAGCAUUCGAGGGCGCAUCUUCUGUUUCUGAUGUCCCAUACACCAGCGGCCAGCCCACUCCCACCACCAGCAUUGGCGAGGACGCUACCAAUGCUGCUGACCCCACCAGCACUCCUUCCAACACUGACAACGCUGCCCCCAGGCAGACUGGCGCCAUUGGCAUGAGUGCGCUGUUCGGCGCUGCUGCCGUUUACUUCUUGUAAGUGUAUACAGGUUCGCAAAUUGUGUAAGGCUCGCCGUGUGAUUGAUACACAGAGGGGUUUCCUUGUAAGGAACGAUCGUUAUGGAGUAAUGUAAUAUACCUGAGUGAAUCAUUCGCUCAUCCAGUCACGUUAUUAGACAUGAAAUUUAAUUUUACUCUUCGCAACUCGAUGUUGGAGUGUGGUGCACGCGUCAGGAUAGAUAGAUUUUCUGACAUCGGUCU